AUGCUAAAGAUCAAACGAAUAUUAAUAAUAAGGAAAAUCAAAAAUCCAAAAAAAAUUCAGAUUCCAGAGAAAAUUAAACAAGAACCUGAAGAAUUUGUCGAGAUAUUGAUGGAGAAGACUGAGAAAUUUACGGGUAUAGAGGAAGAAGAGAAUGGUAAAAUGCUUUCUUCAGAAAUUGGAAAUAUUACUCAUUCGGUGAUAGAUUCCUGA